UGAAAUUAUCGAUGAAACUAACUUUAUACAAAAACUCUACUUUAUAACUUGUCUCUUAAAUUGUGAAUUUACUAAUAUAUUGCAAACUUUCAAUGCAAUGUUAGGCCUUAUUUUAAAUAAGUGUAAAGUUAAUGUUUUAAAAUAUCAAUGUGUGGAAUUGAAAUAUUGCAUAAAGCUACUUUUUAAUAUUUACAAUUGUUCAGUAAAUAUGUUUAAAAAAAUGUUGAAAACAGCAAAAUAUCUCGACAAAAUCGAUCUACGAAUUAUAGACUCGCCUAUUCUUAAUAUUAAAACUGUAGAUUCUGGAAUAAAUUAUUUUUACAAAUAUACAUUAGAGUUAAGCAAUGACUCAUAUUUUAAUUUUUCUACUAUUGAUAAAUGGGUCAGUACUUUUGAAAAUAUAAAAGAUUUCAAUAAAAAAGCUGAAUUAGUGUUAUCAAAUCUUUACAAUAUUAGAAAAGUGUGUGGGACAGAACAUAAAAAUUCUAUUUUAAUCAAUUUAAUGAAGAAAUAUAAUAUCGAUCAAAUGGAAAAGCUGGUAGAGGAUUCCUACGAUUAUAUUAAUGAUGUUCAUAAAGAUCUUGAAUUAUAUAUUUUGGAUAGAACUGAAAACUGUUACUCAAAACUAGGCUUUCAACAAUUAAAUGGAACAAAUACGUUCAAGUAUAUUUAUUUCAAAAGUAAGAAAUAUAGCAGUAAUGGAGGUAUUGAUUUGUGUAAUCAUUUAUUAUCUCACUCUGGUUGGAUGUCAUGGAAACAUAUAGCUGUUGAAACUGAAUAUACAAAAGGAAUACAACUGUAUUUUAAAGAUAUUUUACAAGUAGUUGAUAUGAAUAACUGUGAUUUUAUGCAGUCAUAUCUUGCACUUAUUUUAAGAUGUCGCUAUAUUGAAAUAUUUAAUAAUUUUAAUGUAAUGUUGGGACAUAUAAUUAAUGUUUGUAACUAUGAAAAUAAAAUUAAUUGUGCGGUUAAGCUUUAUAAAACACUAAUGACAUCUGAUGAUAUGUUUAAAAAAAUGUUAUUUGCUCUCCUUACUAUGAGACACUACACGAUAGAUAAACAAUAUAUGCGUCAAGAAUUAUUAACAGAGAAACUGGUAGAGAUUUUUAUUGAAUUUCUUAAUGAUAUUAGAAAAAAGUAUUUUUCCACAUUGUUAUUUAUUAAUGGUGGACUUUAUGAAGCUCAAUCAUUCCUUGAAGACCUAGCACAAGUUCAUACUUCUGUUUUACAGAGAAAAUUUUAUGACGUAAGCCAAUACAACAUGAAAUAUUGCAAAACUAUAGAAUAUGAAACAGACAUAAUUACAACAUUUGAACAAUUGAUUAAAACCAAUACCUUAACAGAAUGUAGCAUAUUUCAUCAUUUUAUGUGUGAUUAUUUGGAAUCAUUUUUUUUAAAGGUUGUGAAAAAUGAUUAUGAGUAUUUAGGUUUCAAUGAUUUGUUUUUAUAUUUUGAUUAA